UCAUCACCAUUUCACUCGCCCGCUCACUUGAUCAGUCAGUCGCGCGUCGGUUUGGGGCUACCAUAUACCUAACUUCUUCGUUUUUAGUAAUUAAUUAUUAAAAUCAGAACAAUCAUGAGCUCCAAUGAAAAUAGUGAAGUGGCAGUAGACAAGGUAGGAGAUGAGAAGACCGGGGACGCAAAAAGUGACCUGAAAGGAGCCAAAAGGGCAGCAGAGGAGAAAUCGUCAGACGCGAAAAAGGCGCGAAAAGAGGAGAACGGCGGCGGUGGCGAGGAAGAGGGUCACAGCGAAGAAGACGACUUAGACGUUUACGAAGGAGAGGGAGAGGAAGAUGACGACGAGGAAGUGGAAGGAGAGGAGGGAGAGGAAGACGAGGAGGACUUGGAGGGAGAGGACGACGAUCUCGAGGACGAAGAAGUGGAGGAGGAGUUAUUAGACGAAGAGGAAGAGGAUGACGCGUAAUAGGAGUCGUGUAGCUUGUUAAGGACAAUGUCACAGUGAAGUAAUAGUGUUUGUGACGACCCGCGACGACGCGGCCGCGCUUCGCCUCAACUGACGAGCGAGCCCCACCAGCUCGCAGUUGGGAACAUGCGUGGCCGACAUCACUCCCACCUAAUACGGGUGCACUUUAUUUGAAUGACAAAACGUAAUUAAGUCUAAUCCAAUGCAGAAUACAUUUUUUUUUAUAAAUUAAGUUCGGUACUGAUGCUGUAUCUUUUUUUUUAUAACUGCAACAAUUUAUAAUUAAGACUUAGUAGAAUACUGUUGAAUUUUGUCAUUAAAUGUACAAAUGUGUUUUCGAAAGUAAACUAUUUCUAAGUGAAAAUCCAUUCUGUAUUUAGGUUAACCUGUAAAGCCCAAAUGGUGAAGUUGUGAUAUUUUUCUAUAUACAAUAGCAUAUUUUUUCCACAUUGUAAUGAAAUAUAGAAGUAACCCGGUACGGCUGUAUUAAUUAAUUAUUAAUAUAGAGUAAGCGAUUAAGUCACAAAGCUCAAUUCUACAUUAUCUUGUUGUUAAUGAGAGUUUGUGUGUACAUAUUUAGCGUAAGGGAAGCCUGAGAGUUGUACAAUCGGUGAUGUAUAAUAGUCCGAGUAUCGAAUCCAUAGAGCCCGUCGCCCCAUCGAGUAGAGCGACUCCUCGCCCCGCACUACUCCGUCGACUCGACUCCUGUGUACAAACAAACUACAUCUCUCGAUAACAACCACCCGACCCGAACCGCUCGGGCCCCGCAGGAGUCUCGUCCGACCCAGCAGUGCCGCGCUCACCUCGGCCAUCGCACACAGCGGACGCUUCAGCUUGUAACGAGUAAUAGAAAAGCAUCACAAUUUUGCCAUUAGCACGCUCGGACGCGCCACUCGCGCCCCGCCGCCCCCGGCGCUGAUAACGCCGAGAUGACGCUGCAGUUUCGAGCUAACAACCUGCCUGUAAUUUUGUCCAUAAUGUUAAUUAGGAUAGAUCCCGCAGUGAAACGAGAGAUUCGUAGGUUAAAGGAAUUAGAUGUAGUUUAAUACGUUGUAAGCCAUAAGGACGCGUCGGCCGCCGGCCGGGGUCCGGGGCGCGGGGGCGGCGUCCUCCCCCCGCGGGGCGCGUGGCCUCGUUCGAUUGCCGCGUCCCCGGCCCCUGCCCCGUCCCCGGGCGCCUCGCAGCGGGCCGCGGCGGCGCGUCGAUACGCGUGGAAAAACACUCGGAGCGCGCUAUACAUCGCCGCGUGUGGCCAGAGCCGCCGAGCUCGCGCCGGUCGCCGGACCUACAAUACUAUGAAAUCGUCAAUGAAUAUAUUUUUUUACGUCCCCGGCGCCCGGUCGAGCCGGCUGCGAUCCGAACUCUACGUUUAUCCAAAUUCCGAAUAGAAUGCCCGACCCAUUGAUUGAAUUGACAUUGAAUCGAAAUAAAAUACAUAAUUUUUAUAAAUCGUCUCGCCUUUUGUUUCUUUGUGAGAAUGAUAUGUCGCAUACUGUGUACUGUGUACGACCGAUGUGCGAUUGACCUUAGUGCGAUUUAUUUAUUUGUGAUGUUGAACACUAUUGAUUUUCUACAAUGGACGAAAUGUAAAUACAACCGAUUUUAAGUAAAAUGUUAUUUUGUU